GUUGAUAGAUUACACAAAUGUUUUAUCAAAAAUGUCGAUAUUAGAGAUAAUAAUAUUUGUGGAUCAUGCAUUAAUUAAAGAUGUGUGAUGGAUAGUGUUAGCAUGUGUCUGUCUUCUCUGAAUAACACACAAGAACCAUAGAAUCUAACGAAGAUGAGUUCUUCAAUUGAUCUUGAAAGCGACAGAAGAGACCAUUUUGAAUUGUCAUUAUCGGGCAGCAAACAAUUUAACAGAAGCAGUAAAACUAUUUGUGCAAUAUGCUUGGACAAAUACAGAAACCCAAAAUAUUUACAAUGCUUGCAUGCGUUCUGUGAACAACCAUGCCUACAGAGACUGCUUGACAGAUCGGAGAACAACAUUUUCAAGUGUCCCUUAUGUCGACGAAGUUAUAAUGUGCUGACCUUUGAAUGUGUAGCUUCCGAGUCUGAUCCUCUGCUUGGCGAAAGAAUAGAGCAAAGUACAGAGUCGAAUACAUGUGAACGAUUUUACACUUUAAGCGUUUUAGUUGCUGUGUUUCAUUUUUGCAUCAUUAGCGUUGCUAGAAUAGUAUUAGGGUCUUAUUUUCAUGAAUUUGUAAAGAGCUAUUGUAUGCUUAUCAAAUUGCGAAAGGGUUGAUAGACAUUUUCAUUGCACUGUCAUACUGCCAAAAAUCAAACAGGAGUAUGCACUUCAAUUCUGUUGGUCGUUUCAAUCAUUGGGCUUAUAUUAGGUACUAUGGAAGCCUGGGAGACAACAGAAGACGACAGUCAAUGUCAAUUUCUAAUAGUAUUUUCCCGCUAUUACGUUGUUGCCGACGGCAUUAUGAUCUUAUUAAUCUUCAUUUGCGGAAAACGAUUAAUCACAAUAAUCUUGGACUUAAUACGAUGUUAACAAAACAAUUCUGUAUGAUGAAUAUGCAUAUUUAAAAUUUUUCAAAGGAAAAUAAAGUCUAUUUCGUUCAAAUAAUUAUUCACAAAUAUGUGUGACAAUCAAUCAAUUAUAACAUAAUAAAUGUCAAUAGAUAUCGGUUUCUUUAAACAAAAUAAUAAAUAAAAUGUAUAUAAAUACGAGUAUAUAAUUGCUAAUAUCUAUGAAUCUACAUAAUUUAGGUCGACUUUGACA